AUGAGUGACAAGCUUCGACUACUGUGUGAAGAAGAAGAUGAUGGUGAAUUGAGGAUUGUACUGGUUGGAAAAACAGGAGUUGGAAAAAGCUCAUCUGGAAAUACAAUCCUUGGUGAGAAUGUGUUUAAAGCUGAGCCCAGCCCCUCCACAGUAACAGAGGAGUGUAGAAGAGAAAGCAGAUACGUUGAUGACAGAUGGAUUACUGUCAUUGACACACCAGGGUUGUUUGAUACAGAGGUUCCUGAAAAACAAAUCAAGAUGGAGAUUGUGAGAAGCAUCUUCAUGAUGGCCCCUGGACCCCAUGUGUUUCUGGUUGUGAUGCAGCUGGGGAGAUACACAAAAGAGGAGGAAAAAACUAUGGAUCUCAUCAAAAAAAUGUUUGGAGAUGAAGCAUCCCCCUACACAAUGGUACUUUUCACUCGGGCAGAUGAUUUGAAAAGACAAGACGGAACAGAAAAAAAAUUAGAAGAAUUUUUAAAUGGAGAUGAGAAGGGAUCUAAGAAGCUUAAAGCGGUGAUUCAAAAAUUUGGGAAUAGAUGUCAUGCCUUUGACAACAAGAAGGGUGUUGAAGAUCACACUCAGGUUACAGAGCUCCUGAAGAAGAUUGACACCAUUGUUGAGAGGAACGGGGGAGCCUACUACACCAACAAGACAUUGGAGGAGGCAGGCAAAGCCAUCACGAAGGAGAUAAAUGAAAUUCUGGAAAAGAAAAAAAAAGAGAUACAGGUGAAGGUUGAGGAACUGAAAAGGGAGCAUGGAGGAAAGAAACUGCAGGAAGAAAUAAACAAGCUCAUGACAGAGGAAAGAAGAAGGGCUAGAAAGAAAGUAUACAUAUACAAUGAGUUCAUCAGACCUCUUCUGAUGUCACUCGGAAUAAUAGUUGGGGCUGUGGCAGCUGGGGCAUUAACAGUGGGGAGACCUGAGGUCAACCUACCCCCGCCCGCCCCCUUUCCCAUCUUGUACUUCUGA